ACAAAUAAUCUGACCCUCACGAUUGAUCAUGUUUGGCAAAUUGAAUUCUUAGGGAUUUUAUUUCCCAUUAUCAAUUUUAUCUCACUGGUGAAAGGGAGUUGACUGCAAAAUGGAACUCGCAACUAGUUUUUGAACCUAGAGCGCGACGGAGCGGGGCGAAGAAACUUGGAGCGGAUGGUGGCGGGACAAAGAGUCGGGCCAUUGAUGCGGAAUAACAGUGGCGGCACCACUAAAUCCAUAGUCGGAAUCGCGAUUGCGCUUGGGAUCUUUCUCGGUUGCGCCUCUGCUUUCUUCUCGGUCUACCAGCAGUCGAUACAAGGGUUUUUUACGAGCUGGGAGAAUUUUGGUCGAGCAGCAGGGAGAAAGAAGUCGAGAGCUCUAGCAAAUUUCUCUCCUUCUUGCAUACGACCAGCUACAGCGGAUGCUUGAGAAUCAGAUCCGUUUCUUUUCCAUCGACGGCGGGGAGAAGAGAGGAGGGGAAGGCGGAGCAGAUCUAUUGGUCUGGCUUCCGUGGGGAGUCCUUUUGUUUGGUUUGGUUGUUUCUUGUUUGGCAGAGGGAGGAAGUUAGAUUGGGAGAGGAUGUUUGGCGGAAGAUGGACAACACGAAGAAGACGAAGGUGGGGGCCACUUCGUUGUUUGAUUUUUGACUUAUUAUUAUUUUUAAUAUUUUAUUUUUAUUCUUUUAAUUGGCAUGUCAUCAAGUUAACAGUUCAAUCAGCAUUUUUGUUUGCCACGUCAUCAAAAACUGAUGGAGUUAACGGAGACUGACGGUCGGUGACUAACGGUGAAAGGAUUCAGAAAGUUAGUGGUGAAUAAGAAAGAAAAGUAAUUCAGGUGGCAAACGUGAAACAUUUAUGUAAUUUGAGUAACCAAACAUGUAAUUUAACCGAAUAAGAAGAACUCUUCCCCUUUUUUCUUUCGUGUCUUUUUCUCUCUAAUUUUCUCUUUUAUUUUCCUUUAGUUUUAUAUUAGUUUCACUUAUUUUUUUGUACCUAGCUAGCAAACUAGCAGAAGUUUCUUCUUUCCGCUGAUUCCCAUUUCGCGGUACCCGACCCAUAUUCCUGCCCACCCCCCGCCCGCCCAGUGCCCACCCCCACUUGGGUACGCUCAGCUUUCACGUGCUCUUUCUCUUAGCUUGCUCCCAUGGUCAGUCCUUCUUUCCUCCUCCUCCUCCUCUCUUUCUCUCUCUCUCUCUUUCGCUUUCGCUUCUAGCUUAUUCUUUUUCUGGGCAGAGAGAGCUCUCGGGAAAGUUGUCAGUUCAUGAGGUAUGGAGCACAAAGUUGGAACCUUUUUCAUCUCCAGCAGAGCUAAAACCAGAAGGGUUAUCUAUUAUCAUCACUUCAUUUGCUGAUUUUUUGAACUGGUUCUCACUGUGAAUUUAAGAGAUUUAGGGUGAGGUAUUAUUUUUGCCCCUUGGUUCUAUCUCUUUUUGGGAUUUGUUUUCAUUAGUUAAUUGCAGGUGGUGGGUUUAAAGUUCAGCAAGACUAAUGAUUCCAGGGUUUAUUGGAUUCCAAGCAAAAAAGGUUUGAAGUGGGAGGUGGGUCUUUUGGAAUUGAUUUUUUACUGGAAUAGUAAAACCAAGCAUGGUUUAGGUCUCCAUGGAAGUUCAUUUACAUGGUUGGCUGAAGGGUAGAAGGUAGUUUUUUAAGAAAGUUCAGAGGGAGAAGAUGAAGAGGAAGGAGACUCAAGAUUCAACAUCUAGCUCCACAACAAAUGGAAGAGCAAGGAGCAGCUGCUCAGCUCAAUCAAGACAAUCAGCACGUGCCAAAAUUGAUCAAACUCCAAUCGAUGCAAAGCUAGAUGAGGAGUUUGAGGAAUCGGAGCAGCACGCCUUUGACUACUCCACCUCGGUUAACCUCAACGCCUCAAAUUCCACCGGCAACAAUGUCCCUUCAUCUGAAGCAGUCUCAGCAUACCUCCAGAAGAUGCAAAGGGGGAGGCUCAUUCAGCCUUUUGGCUGCUUAAUUGCUGUUGAGGAACAAAGUUUCAAGGUCCUAGCUUACAGUGAAAAUGCUCAGGAGUUGCUGGACUUGGCACAGCUUGCUGUUCCAAGCAUGGGGCAGCAAGAGGCACUUGCUUUCGGUAUGGAUGUUAGAAGAUUCUUUCGUUCAUCUGGUUCAGCUGCCUUGCAGAAGGCUGCGAAUCAUCCAGAACUCAACCUCCUCAACCCGAUUUUAGUCCACUGCAAGACUUCAGGCAAGCCGUUCUAUGCCAUCCUUCAUAGAAUCGAUGUUGGGUUGGUUCUUGAUCUUGAACCGGUUAAUAUGUCCGACCUGCCAUUGACUGCUACUGGUGCAUUGACUUCUUACAAGAUUGCUGCUAAAGCCAUCUCGAAACUACAAUCUGUACCUAGUGGAAGUAUAAAUCUGUUAUGUGAUGUUCUAGUGAACGAACUUCGGGACUUAACAGGUUAUGAUAGAGUAAUGGUGUACAAAUUUCACGAUGAUGAGCAUGGUGAGGUUGUUGCAGAAUCUGUUAGGUCUGACUUGGAGCCGUAUCUUGGGUUGCAUUAUCCCGCUACCGAUAUCCCUCAAGCUUCGAGGUUUCUGUUUAUGAAGAAUAAAGUUAGAAUGAUAUGCGACUGCUUAGCUCCUUCUGUAAAGGUAACACAAGAUAAGAGCUUGGCUGAGCCAAUUAAUCUCUCCAGUUCAACUCUAAGAGCUCCACAUGGGUGCCAUGCUCAAUACAUGGCUAACAUGGGUUCCAUUGGAUCGCUAGUCAUGUCUGUUACUAUUAAUGACAAUGAAGAUGGGAAUGACAUGGAAAGUGACCUGCAGAUGGGGAGAAAGCUGUGGGGGUUGGUUGUUUGUCAUCAUACAACGGCGAGAUUUGUUCCAUUUCCGUUGAGGUACGCCUGUGAGUUCUUGAUUCAAGUUUUUGGUGUUCAGAUUAGUAAAGAAGUGGAGAUUGAAGCUCAGAGGAAAGAGAAGCACAUAAUACAAACUCAAACUUUGCUCUGUGACAUGCUUCUUAGAGAUGCUCCUGUAGCAAUUAUGACUCAGAAACCGAAUGUAAUGGAUCUUGUUAGAUGUGAUGGAGCUGCACUUCUCUAUAGGAAGAAAUGUUGGCUGCUGGGAGUUUCCCCGAGCGCUGAACAGAUGAAGGAUAUGGUGGAAUGGUUGCUUGAGUAUCAUGGUGAUAGCACAGGGUUAACUACGGAUAGUAUUAUGGAAGCCGGUUAUCCAGGAGCUUCAGUUCUUGCUGAUGCAAUUUGUGGCAUGGCUGCUAUAAGGAUCACUUCAAGAGACUUCCUCUUUUGGUUUAGAUCUCACACGGCGAAAGAGAUCAAGUGGGGUGGUGCGAAACACGACCCUGAUGAUAAGGACGGUGGUCUGAGAAAGAUGCAGCCGAGAUCUUCAUUCAAGGCAUUUCUAGAGGUGGUUAAGUGGCGGAGCUUGCCUUGGGAGGAUCUUGAAAUGGAUGCUAUUCAUUCUUUACAGCUGAUAUUGAGAGGCUCAUUGCAAGAUGAAGAUUUGGUCAAUGAUGAUUCGACAGUGAUUGUCCGUGUUCCUCCAUCAUCGUCUGAUAAGAGAAUCCAGAGGGUGGAUGAGUUGAGGAGAGUGACGAAUGAGAUGGUUCGUGUAAUAGAAACGGCUGCUGCUCCCAUCUUUGCUGUUGAUGGUUCAGGUUGUGUAAAUGGGUGGAAUUCAAAAGCAGCCGAACUUACUGGAUUGAGUGUAGAACAAGCAAUUGGAGUGCCUUUGGUUGAUAUUGUCGACGGCGAUUCGAUUGAUGUGGUCAAGUCUGUUCUGUUGUUAGCUUCUGGAGGCAAAGAAGAGAAGAACAUGGAAAUCACCUUCAGAACGUUCGGUCCUAAGGAAAACGAUGGCCCGGUCUAUCUCGUGGUUAGUGCAUGCUGCAAUAGAGACGUCAAGGGAGUGAUAGCAGGGAUCUGCUUUGUCGGGCAAGAUCUCACUCGACAGAAGAUGGCCAUCGAUCAAUACAACCAUGUCAAGGGAGACUACCUAGGAAUCAUUCGGAACAAGUCUUCCCUCAUACCCCCUAUUUUUAUGAGCGACGAGCAUGGCAAAUGCAUAGAGUGGAAUGAAGCAAUGCAGAGUUUAACUGGCUUGAAGAGGGAAGAAGCUGUCGAUCGAUUACUUCUUGGUGAAGUUUUCUCCGCUGGUGAUACCUCUGGCUGCUGCCGGGUCAAAGGUCAUGACACUUUGACCAUGCUAAGGAUCUUACUGAACCAGGCACUCGCGGGCCAGGAUUCACAGCCAUUGUUGUUCAGUUUAUUUGAUCAGCAUGGUAAAGAUCUCGACGCUGUAGUUUCUGCAAACGGGAGAACCAAUGGUGCAGAGGGUCGAGUUUCUGGCGUGCUAUUCUUUUUAUACGUACCGAGCAGAGAAUUACAGUAUGCUCUUCAGGUCCAGAAAAUCUCGGAACAGGCUGCAUCUACUAGUCUCAACAAGCUUACGUAUGUUCGUCAGGAGGUGCAGAAAGGCUUGAAUGGUUUGUCAUUUAUGCAUAAUCUAAUGAACAGUAGUUCAGAUUUGAACGAAGAGCAGAAGCAGCUUCUCAAGACAAACAAUUUAUGUCACGAACAGUUGACCACGAUAGUCAACGACACUGAUAUUGAGAAGAUUGAAGAACUGUAUCUGGAUCUUCGAACUGUAGAAUUUAAUCUUGCGGAAGCUUUAGACGUGGUAAUGAAGCAAGCCAUGAUAUUGAGUCGAGAACGAGGAGUUAAGGUUGUUUGUGAUUUCCCAGGUGAAGUGUCGUCCAUGAACUUGUAUGGAGAUAACUGGAGGCUUCAGCAAGUUCUGGCUGAUUUCUUGACGAAUUCAAUACUCUUCACCCCACGGUUCAAUGAAUCAUCAGUGUUGUUUAAAGUAGUGUGCCGGAAGGAACGAAUGGGAGUUAAAGUGCAGAUUGUCCACCUCGAGUUUCGAAUAAGCCAUCCAGCCCCUGGUGUGCCUGAAGAUUUAGUACGGGAGAUGUUUCACUCCCGGGGUAGAGGUACCUCGAGGGAAGGUCUCGGCCUUUACAUGAGCCACAAGCUUGUAAAGGUCAUGAAUGGAAAUGUGCAGUACCUCAGAGAAGCAGAAAGUUCAUCGUUCAUUGUUCUAAUUGGGCUCCCUCUUGCCACCCAGAUUGAUCCAUUGAAGCAGCCCCCGAGGCUUAAAGAGUCGGGAUGAUGAUGAGUGGAAGAAUAUAUACAUCCAUGCAACUUUUAAGAAGGUACAAGGGACCAGGAUGCCUUGUAUUGCAAGUAACCUUGCUUAGACUAUAUAUAUAUAUAUGCCUUUUCUGGCUAUCCAAGCAUUUCGUGGGAUGUGAAUCUGCAGGGAAGCCGAGAAAUACGGGCAGUUACCGUGGGAGAGCUGCAAGUGCAGGCUUGUUACACUGUAUACUCUUUUACUCUACUCUGUUAUAAGUUGUAACUUGUAAGAAUGGUAGUAUGAUGCGAGUGGCGAUUCUUUUGUUUUUUUUAGUUUAACGUUCCAAUGAGAAGCUUUAGCUUCGAAUCUGCCUUUCCUGUUCGUUGGAUGAGCUUAAUAGGCCAAAGUUACGACAUCUCUAAAAUGGGGUUUUCGUGAAGGGGAGAUGAUUUGUUUCCUCUUGGAGAUACAGCCAGGAAAUGGAUUCUGAACCGUGUAAAUAUAUCUUGUAAAUGAUG